AUGGCCAUCUGGGACGUCCUCACCGGCAAGAAGGCGACCGCGCCAGCCUCGCAAUCGCCGCAAGAACCACACGACAACUUCUCUGCAUCGCCGUCGGCGCCCACGCCCUUCGACCCCAGCACCGCCAUCCAGAACCCUUCAGACUUCAUCCUCGACCCGUCGCAGCUACACCCUCUCGCCGGCCUGAACCAGGACACCCUCGACUACCUCUCCCUCGAGGACUCGGCACCGUCAGCCGACCACUCCGCACUUCCCAGCCGCGGCUGGUCAGACGACCUCUGCUAUGGAACCGGUGUCAGCUACCUGACUGCAUUGACCAUCGGCGGUGCGUGGGGUCUGUCUGAGGGCUUGCAGAAGAACCCGGCCUCGAUGCCACCCAGGUUGCGACUGAACGGCGUCCUCAACGCCGUCACAAGACGAGGACCCUUCCUGGGCAACAGCGCCGGUGUCAUUGCCAUGGUCUACAACGGCACAAACAGCGCCAUUGGAGCUCUGAGGGGCAAGCACGACCCUACCAACAGCGUUGUUGCUGGUGCGCUCUCCGGCGCGCUCUUCAAGAGCACACGAGGGACAAGGCCAAUGGCUAUUAGCGCCGGUAUUUGCGCCAGUGUAGCGGGUGGAUGGGCUAUCACGCGAAAGGUUUUCUUCGAGCCCGCCCCAUCCGACUUGUAG